AUGGUUGCCAUCAUCGGAACAGCACUACAUUGGUCGGAUAUACUAGUUUUAUUACUCUAUUUUUUGCUCAUUCUCGGCUUUGGAAUUUGGAGUUCAUGCAAGAAUCGUGGUAGUGUUGGUGGAUAUUUUCUUGCUGGUCGUUCAAUGCAUUUUAUACCGGUGGGCGCGUCCUUAUUUGCAUCGAACAUUGGCAGUGGCCAUUUCAUCGGUCUUACUGGAUCUGGUGCCUCAAGCGGCAUUGCUGUUGCUGGUUAUGAAAUAGGCGCAAUUCAUUGGCUGAUGGUACUUGGUUGGUUAUUCGUUCCAAUUUAUAUGAAAGCAGAAGUAUUCACGAUGCCACAAUAUAUAAAAAUGCGUUACGGUGGUGAACGUAUUCGAGUUUAUUUAACAUGUCUUGCAUUAAUGUUAUCAAUCUUUACUAAAAUAUCUGUUGAUCUCUAUUCUGGUGCUAUUUUCCUUCAACAAGCUUUAAAUUGGAAUCUAUAUGCCUCAGUUAUUACUCUAAUUCUUCUCGCUGCAUUCUUUACUGUUGGUGGUGGUUUAACAGCAGUUAUUUGGACAGAUUUUAUACAAACUGUAAUUAUGGUUAUAUCAGCUGUUAUUCUGAUGAUUAUCAGUUUUGUCAAAGUUGGUGGUAUGCAACAAAUUCGCAAUCUAUUUCCGUAUGCAAUUGCAUAUACAACAUUACAUAAUACUACUAAAUGUGGUGUAUCGAAUGAAUAUUAUUUCUCAUUAAUUCGUCCAUUUGAUGCUGAUAUACCAUGGUUUGGGUUAUUUUUUGGAAAUGGAGUUGCGUCUAUUUGGUAUUGGAGUUGCGAUCAAGUGAUUGUACAACGAACAUUAGCAGCAAAAAAUCUUACACAUGCAAGAGCAGGAUGUCUUUUUGCGGGGAUAUUGAAAUUUUUACCAUUAUUUCUGAUGGUAUUUCCUGGAAUGAUUGCAAGAAUUCUCUUUCCAGAUGAAAUCGGUUGUGCUGAUCCUGAUGUGUGCUAUCAAGUUUGUCAUAGUCGAAAUGGUUGUAGUGACAUUGCAUAUCCACUUCUUGUGCUUCGAUUAAUGCCCAAUGCAAUUCGUGGUUUAACACUAGCUUGUAUGAUUGCAGCUUUAAUGUCCUCUUUAACAUCGAUUUUUAAUUCGAGUUCGACUAUUUUCACAAUUGAUAUUUGGCAACGUUUUCGUCAAAAUGCACACGAUUGGGAAUUGAUGAUUGUUGGCAGAGUUUUCGUCAUGAUUCUUGUGGGAAUAUCCAUUCUUUGGAUUCCAAUUAUUCGAGCAGCACAAGGUGCAAGAUUAUUUGAUUAUAUUCAAGCUGUUUCAUCAUUCUUAGCACCUCCAGUUGCUGCUUGUUAUUUACUUGGGGGAGCAUUUUGGGGUUUGAUAUGUGGUUUAUUUAUUGGAAUAAUUCGAUUCAUUUGGGAAUAUUCUUAUAGUGCAAUGCCUUGCCAACUCGAACAUCUGGAUAAGCGUCCAUCAAUAGUUCGAUUUAAUUUUCUGUAUUUUUCACUUCUUCUUUUCAUAAUCUCUGGUAUUGUGACCAUCGUUGUGAGUCUUCUGACAAAACCUAUUCCAGAAAAAUAUAUAUCUGGUUUAACCAUUUUUGAUCUUGAUAAUCCGGAAAAAGCAAUUGAAAUUCCUACUCGACCUGGAUGUAUGCAUAAAGCAAAUACAUAUUAUGAUGAAGAACAACCUUAUCCCUUCGUGAAUUCGUCUUCAUAUCAUAUUAAUCAACCUCCUACUGAAACUGAAAGCAAAGCUUUACAUUUUUUCGAAACAAGCGAUUCCACGGGAAUUGUUUUUUAUCUAAAAACUGCCUUUGCUUGGAUUUGUGGUUUGGAAAAACCCGAUGAACUCGAUAGUCAAUCAAUCUGUUCGGAUGGUCAUCCACGUGAUAAUACCAAUAAUCGACGAAGUAUUACUUCAAUUCCGAAUGAACACGUUUCAUCAUGGCAUAAACAAUGUUCCUAUGCCGCAAUUAUUAUGCUUGCUUUAUGUGCUUUUGUCUGGGCUUUUUUUACUGAUUAUCGAAUACGAUUAAAUUAG